AUGACUACUUCAUCCAAAAAAAGGGAUGCAACUGGUCUUUUGGGGUUGUCUACUAUACAAAAGAUAACAACUGCAAUACAUAUACUUGUAUAUGGUUGUGCAGCCGAUCAUUGUAAGGCUGUUGUUGGUGUGUAUGGGGAAGAGUACAUACACCCACCCAACGAAGCUGACAUAGCACGAUUACUUCGAGAAGGGGAGGAGAGAAGAUUCCUGGGUAUGCUUGGCUCUAUCGACUGUAUGCACAAGGAGUGGAAGAAUUGUCGGGUGGCGUGGCAUGGCGCAAACAAAGGACGCUCUUAUACGCCUACGCUCAUAUUAGAAGAGGUUGCCUCAAAAGAUUUGUGGAUCUGGCAUGCAUUCUUUGGAAUGCUGGGUUCACACGAUGAUAUUAAUGUGCUGGAUCAUUCUUCGGUAUUCGACAAUAUCGUUACUGGCCAAAUUCCUCCGGUUAAUUUUAUUAUGAAUGGCCAUUACCAUAAAAUAGGGUAUUACCUAUCUGAUAGUAUAUACCCUAAGUGGGCAACUAUGAUGCAGAUCAUCCCGCACCCAACUACAACAAAAGAAAAACUUUUUGCUCAGAGACCAGAGGCCUAUAGGAAAGAUGUGGAACGAGUUUUCGUGGUCUUACAGAUCAAGUGA